UGGCUUUAGGACCUCGCGGAGCGUUUCAUUGAAGCACAUGGUGCCCACUCAUAAGACAACACUUCUCUUCAGUAAUUGCCCUGCAACUGAUGUCAUUCCAGAGAGCCACAGACACAUCGGCGGCCUGUGUGUUUGUCAAUGUUUUCAUCGCCAGCUCUUCAUUUCCCCUCCCGUUUCUCACUUUUUGUUUUUGUUUCUUUUUUUUGCGCGAUGCAGCUUUGGACUUGGACGCCUCUGAAUGGGGAGAGCGCACGGAGUUGAAUCAGCUGUCGCCGGGCUUUCCCUAAGGCACCGCUCGUGUAUUUGAUCAUAUUUCAGGAAGUCACUUUUAUAUUUCUUUCGGGGGGUGGGGGGGAGGUGGGGGAGUCUCGCACCUCAGCUGUUGGACUGUGAUUGCAUGAUGGUUGCGCUGCAGUGAAACACUUGCUCAGUCCCGUCCACGCUUCAGCCGGGCAUCAUGAAUCCCGGGAGCCGGACUCUGAAGUUUGUAAUUUUGACAGCACUUCAGGCUUUGUCUGUCUCUGUAUCGGUGUGUGACAGCGUGCUCUCCAGAUCCCCUGAAGAGAAUCUUUUGAGCACGACUGUUCAACACAGAUCAGCAGCAGAGCAGAAACACUAUGGGACUACAGUACCUCUUCAGCUUGUUGGACAAGACUGGAAACCGAUCAGCCAGCUGAGAUCCCAGAGUCACCCUGCAUCACUGAAGCUCCUGAUUGAAGCGGAAGGUGAACAGCUGCUCUUGGCUCUGGAGAAAAACGAGGGACUGUUUGCAAGUAACUACACAGAAACCCAUUACCUGGGAGAUGGCAGUGCAGUCACAGGCUCUCACAGCUCCAUGGCAAACUGCUACUACCACGGUGAGGUGGAGGGUCAUGUCGACUCAGACGUCAGCCUCAGUACCUGUGCCGGUGUUAAGGGUUUCAUAUCUCUUGGAGGCAAAUCCUACAUACUGGAACCAUCUGCUGAUCACUCUGAUGGAACUCACUGGAUCUACACAGCUGAACACCUCAAUUUUACUCCUGGCACCUGUGGCCAUGAUUUCAACAUAUCCUCUCCCACUGAAUAUGCAGACAGCAGUCCAUUCAGGACUUUCAGCUCAAGGCAUAAACGUCAUGCCCAGACUACAACCAAGUAUGUGGAGCUGAUCAUUGUGGCUGACAAUAGAGAGUUUCAGAAGCAAGGCAAGGACAUGGAGAAGGUCAAGCAACGGCUGGCUGAGAUCGCCAAUUACGUGGACAAGUUCUACAGGGCUCUGAAUAUCCGUGUAGCCCUGGUGGGCUUGGAGGUGUGGAGUGAUGUGGACAAGUGUCCCAUCACCCAGGACCCCUUCACCACCUUGCACGAGUUCCUAGACUGGAGGAAGGUCAAGCUGCUGCCUCAGAAGCCUCAUGACAACGCCCAACUAAUCAGUGGGGUCUAUUUUCAGGGCACCACCAUUGGUAUGGCGCCCAUCAUGAGUAUGUGCACAGCAGAGCAGUCGGGAGGAAUCGUCAUGGACCAUUCAGAUAACCCCCUGGGCGCUGCAGUCACUUUGGCCCAUGAGCUCGGACACAACUUCGGAAUGAACCAUGACACACCAGAAAGGGGGUGUGGCUGCAGGGUGACAGUGGACCAUGGAGGCUGCAUCAUGACUCCCUCCACUGGGUAUCCGUUCCCCACGGUGUUCAGCAGCUGCAGCAAGAAGGACCUGACAGCCAGUUUUGAAAAAGGUGUCGGGAUGUGUCUGUUCAACAUGCCAGAGGUCAAGGUGCUGUACGGUGGGCAGAAAUGUGGCAAUGGCUAUGUAGAGGAAGGGGAGGAGUGCGACUGUGGAGAACUUGAGGAAUGUAUGAAUCCCUGCUGCAAUGCUACUACCUGCACCCUGAAGGGGGAUGCUGUUUGUGCACAUGGACAGUGCUGCCAGGACUGUCAGCUGAAGCCAGCGGGCACUCCAUGUCGUGAAUCCAGUAACUCUUGUGAUCUCCCGGAGUUCUGCACCGGUACCAGCCCUCACUGCCCCUCCAACGUCUACCUGCAUGACGGCCACGCUUGCCACAACGUGGACGGCUACUGCUAUAAUGGCAUCUGCCAGACUCACGAGCAGCAAUGUAUCACGUUAUGGGGUCAAGGAGCAAAGCCAGCUCCGGGCAUCUGCUUUCAAAGGGUCAACUCGGCAGGAGACCCCUAUGGAAACUGUGGCAAAGACUCUAAAGGCUCCUUCGCCAAGUGUGAAGCACGAGAUGCUAAAUGUGGCAAAAUCCAGUGUCAAGGAGGAGCUAACCGCCCAGUAAUUGGUACAAACGCUGUUUCCAUAGAAACAAACAUCCCCUUGCAGGAAGGGGGAAGGAUACUGUGCCGAGGUACACAUGUCUACUUGGGUGAUGACAUGCCCGACCCCGGCCUGGUCCUGACAGGGACCAAGUGUGGGGAUGAAAUGAUGUGUCUGAAUCGUCAAUGCCAGAACGUCAGUGUUUUUGGUGUGCAUGAAUGCUCAGCCAAGUGCAGUGGUCGAGGGGUGUGCAACAACAACAAAAACUGCCACUGUGAGGCUCACUGGGCGCCGCCAUUCUGUGACAAGGCAGGUUUUGGAGGGAGUGUAGAAAGUGGCCCCAUCAGAUUAGCAGACAACAGGAAUCUGACAGUGGGCAUCCUGGUGGCGCUCCUCACCGUCCUGGGAGCCGGUUUAAUCAUCUGCAUCAAGAGAAAAACUCUACUGGGGCUGCUCUUUGCCAGUAAAAAGAACCCAAUUGAGAAACUCAGAUCCGUAAGCACUGCAAUCAGCAGACCCUCCGCUCCUAACCAGCCUCCAUCGCUGAGCACGACGUCUCCAUCUCGACCGGCCCCGCCUCUGCCACACAGUGCCACCAUCUUCAAGCCUCCUCAUCGGGGGCCGGAGGCGGUGCUCCCGCCAGCCCCCUACCCCUCCCACAGCCUGCGCAGACUGCCCCAGUGCCCGCCGGUUCACCUCAGCCACCCUGUCCCUCUGUCUGUCACCCUGUCCCUCUCUGGUCCUGUGCAGCCCAGACCCCCACUGCCUCCCCCUCACAUCCACGUUGCACCCAGGGGGGCGUCAGUUCGCGGUGUGUCACGCCAUAACUCCUGCAGGAUGGUCAUGGAGUUGGAGAAGCCCAGUCCUCCUCAGAAACCCCUUCCUGCAGAUCCAAGGAGCUCUCGUCUGGUUCGAAGUCCCUCUGUAGUGCAGGGCCACAGUGUGGUCCAACCGUCCUCUGCUGUUUGUGGCCCUGCACCAACCCCUGGUGUACCCAGACCCUUUCGCCCUGUCCCACACCCCAAAAAACCCAGUCUCAAGCAACCUCCAACACUACCAAAGCCUUGCAUAAUUGCCAACGUUAAAUACAGCAGCUGAGACUUUGGCCGGACGGGACAUUGUUGUGAUAAGACAGUACGAAAUUUGCACUAUGAAAACUCUGAAAACCUUAAAAAGAUGGUGGCUUCUCUGAGUUUUGAAUCAGGAGAUCCGCUGUGUCCCUCUGGUGCUCUGUCUCUGAAUGGUGCUACGAGUCUGAGCUCAGGUACAUGUAAAGUAUUUAUAUUCAGUAUUUAUUGCCACGCAGUGCACUGUGCCAGACACUUUUACUACACCGUAGCCACUUUGAAUUUUUAAUUUGUUGUUUGCAUCAGUUUCAUCAAAUGCUCUUUAUCAUGGAGAGUAACGCAAGAUCAAAACGUAAAAAGCCAAUCUGUGAAAUUUUUGAUUUUUGUGAAAUGUGUUUUAAUGAGUUGAAAAAAGAGUAUUGUGCAAUGGCGGAUGAGAAGAGAGAAAACAUUUGUAGUACAUUUGGAAUCCAGUGGGGUUUUUCUUAAAGGGUGAUGCUCUCCAUAGCAGUUCUACAGUUCGACAAGGCUGGAAACAACCACAGAGAAAGGCAAAAGGGGUAUUACUGCAGCUGUUCUGCAUCUGGGGAAAGAGGAGCUUGUUCUUCACAGACGUCUGAAGUUCAGGUCUGUUUCCUCUGCAUUUAUAUUUUGGAAAGGUGACAAGUUGAAUUGUGAAAUGUCACUGAUUUGCCAUUUCCAUUUCAUUAAUAAGCCCCAAGAAGCGCACUUGAGGGAUCUGGGUACUGAGGUAUGAACUGCACAAGGAUCUAAAAUGAGCCGAGAUCAAGGAAGCGCUCAUCCCGCAGAGGGAGUAAACUUCUCUGAAAUAUUACUUUGCUAAAGGUUGUGUGUGUUUUUGAGUAUUUUCCCGAUGUGCCAGUCAGUCCACACCGAGGACCCUGUAAGACACUUUGAGGACUUUACUAACACCGUGUCCAUACGGCCGUUACGGAGGCUCUACAUGUAAACAGCCUGUUAUCUGUUUACAGGGUUCACAUGUGGCUUUUAAGUCAUGUUUUUCUGCAGUGGGAAAGGAUAGAUUGUCUUGAGAAGGACACGUGGUUAUUUAACGGUAGUUUUUUUUUUGUUUGUUUGUUUUCACUUUUAUGUUUUUGUACUUUUUUAAUUUGGCUGUUGAGAUUUUUAAAGCCAAUCUACAUGCCAUAUACUAAAUCCUGCAUAAAUUGGAUUUGUGGCAGUUGAAUCGUGUUUUAUGAAUUUUGCAGAAUUAUUGUUUUAGUGGUUUGCAAUACAGCGUAUAUACAUUCACACUGAGCAGCGUUUCCUUUAAGCACAGCUUCCGUUCACAAAUAUGUAGGCUGAAAACCGACUUUGGACUUUUGUUACUUUUGAUACUGUUACCUUUUUAAUACUGCACUAGUUCUACAUUCAUUGCUUUGUUUACUUUGCUCUUUUCAGUGCUAUGUGUCCAUGUACAAGUAUACAGUAUUUGAGUCCAGACACCCAACUGUAUGUUAUGUCAGUAUGUUCCUCAUAAGUUGUGUUACAGGUGAACACAUCUCCAUGUGAAAAUGCUUUUUUAAUAAUGAUUGUUUGAUACAUCAUGUGUACAUUUUGAACACUCAUGCAGUAUUAGUAAAAUUGUUUUGAAACACUGAA